UGAAACUAACUCAGAACCUAGAAGACCUGCUACGUCAGUUUUGCUAUCAUUAGUAUCUUUGGUGUUUGAUUGUGGACUUCAGGUGAUGUACUGGAGGACUCUGAGGGACUAUUUGGCUGUGUGGAUGAGGUUGUGUGAACGCCCGAGGAGGCACUCAUGGAGUACAGAGGCUUGGGAGGGAGGAGAGGGACCAGUGGGUCCAUCAAACGGGGCUCCAUCAAGCGCUCCUCCUCCAGUUCCGGUUCUCAGAAGGCCCAAAAGGCUUGGAUUGAAAGGACCUUCCAAAAACGAGAAUGUAUCCAAAUCAUUCCCAGCAAAGAGCCGAACAGGUGCAGCUGUGGUCAGAUGGUGAACCAGCACGUAGCCAUUCUACCUGGAGCCACCAACAAGGCCUCAGAGGAAGGCCACCAGCAGGGGGAGGUCCCUCAUGAGCGAUGGUCGGUCCUCAAACACUCACAGGCUACACCAACAGAUGCCUAUGGCAUCAUUGAGUUUCAAGGGGGAGGCCACGCCAACAAGGCCAUGUACAUUCGUGUGGCCUACGAUUCAAAACCAGACAAUUUGCUUCAUCUGAUGGUGAAAGACUGGCAAUUAGAGCUUCCCACGCUUCUCAUCUCUGUCCACGGGGGCCUCCAGAACUUUGACUUGCAGCCCAAACUGAAGCAAGUGUUUGGAAAAGGCUUGAUUAAGGCUGCAGUUACCACAGGGGCCUGGAUCUUUACUGGUGGAGUCAGCACCGGAGUGAUCCGCCAUGUUGGAGAUGCUUUAAAAGACCACUCUUCAAAGUCCAGAGGGAAGGUCUGUGCCAUUGGGAUCGCACCUUGGGGCAUUGUAGAGAACAAGGAGGAUUUAAUUGGCAGAGAUGUAACCAGGCCGUACCAAACCAUGUCCAACCCUCUCAGCAAGCUAUCAGUCUUGAACAGCAGUCAUUCACACUUCAUUCUGGCAGACAACGGGACAUGUGGAAAGUACGGAGCCGAGGUCAGGCUUCGUCGACAAUUGGAGAAACACAUAUCUCUGCAGAAGAUCAACACACGUCUGGGUCAAGGGGUCCCUUUGGUGUGUCUGAUUCUGGAAGGGGGACCCAAUGUGAUCGCAAUCGUGCUGGAGAGCUUGAGGGAGGACCCUCCGGUUCCAGUGGUUGUGUGUGACGGCAGUGGGAGGGCGUCUGACAUCAUUUCUUUUGCCCACAGAUACUCAGAGGAGGAUGGGUUGGUGAGUGAUAAUGUGAAAGACCAGCUUCUGGUGACCAUCCAGAAGACCUUUAACUACAACCGUAGCCAGGCCCAACAAAUCUUCCUCAUGGUCAUGGAGUGUAUGAAGAAAAGAGAACUGAUUACAGUGUUUCGUAUGGGCUCAGAAGGACAGCAAGACAUUGAGAUGUCCAUAUUGACUGCUUUACUGAAAGGCACAAAUGCCUCGGCCCCAGACCAGCUGAGUUUGGCCCUGGCCUGGAACAGAGUGGACAUCGCUCGCAGUCAGAUCUUUGUGUACGGACACCACUGGCCUCCUGUGAGUGCCCUGCCCACCAACGCCCCAUCACAGGACCGCCCCAAGAGUCCAGCAGCCGCACCCCGAGGUGGGAAGGGGAAUGCCCGUGGCAAGAAGGGCAAAGGUGGCAAGACCAAACCUGAGCCCCCUGUAGAGACUGAUCCCAGGAAAUUAGAGCUGCUUAACUGGGUGAACUCUCUGGAGCAGGCCAUGAUGGAUGCACUUGUGUUGGACAGGGUGGAUUUUGUCAAGCUGCUGAUUGAGAAUGGGGUCAACAUUCACCAUUUUCUCACCAUUCCUCGACUGGAGGAACUGUACAACACGAGGUUGGGGCCAACAAAUACACUCCACUUUGUUGUCAGGGAUGUAAAAAAGGGAAAUCUUCCACCUGAUUACCAGAUUACCUUGAUCGACAUUGGUCUGGUCCUGGAGUUCCUCAUGGGCGGAGCUUAUCGCUGUCACUACACCAGGAAGAGCUUCCGCAUCCUUUACAACAACCUAUAUGGGUUGAAAAGACCAAAAGCUUUAAAACUGUUGGGAAUGGAGGAUGAUGACCCACGUUCAAAGGGCAAGGGCAAGAAAAAUAAGAAGAAGAAAGAGGAGGAACUGGACAUAGAUGUAGAUGACCCUGAGGUCAGCCGGUUCCAGUACCCGUUCCAUGAACUGAUGGUUUGGGCAGUACUGAUGAAGCGCCAGAAGAUGGCGCUCUUCUUAUGGCAGAGAGGGGAGGAGGCCAUGGCCAAAGCACUAGUCGCUUGUAAGCUUUAUAAGGCUAUGGCCCACGAGUCUUCACAGAGUGAACUUGUAGAUGACAUUUUCCAAGACCUGGAAAACAACUCCAAGGAAUUCGGACAGCUUGCCUACGAACUCCUGGACCAAUCCUAUAAACACGACGAGCAGGUGGCAAUGAAGCUUCUGACCUACGAACUGAAAAACUGGAGCAACUCCACCUGUCUGAAGCUGGCGGUGGCUGCCAAACACAGAGACUUUAUCGCCCACACCUGCAGCCAGAUGCUGCUGACAGACAUGUGGAUGGGCUGUCUGAGGAUGGGAAAGAACCAUGGGUUGAGGGUCAUUUUUGGAAUUGUUUUUCCACCAUCGAUUCUACUGUUGGAUUUCCGCCUUGGAGAUGAAGCCACGUAUCACGCCUCAUCAGAAAAUGAAGAUGCUAAGGAGAAAGAUGAUGACAACAAAUCCAGCAGGGAUGUCAACACUGAUGCAGUAUCCAAGAAGGGGGAUGAAGAGGAAGGCCAUAAGAAGCAGAGGAGAGUUCCAAUUGGAAGGAAGAUUUAUGACUUCUACAACACCCCGUUCACCAAGUUCUGGUUCAACAAGAUCACCUACUUUGGAUACCUCAUGUUAUACAACUACAUCAUCUUGGUGAAGAUGGAACGCUGGCCAUCCUUGCAAGAGGGUAUCGUUAUCUCUUACAUCAUCACUCUGGGACUGGAAAAAGUCAGGCAGAUCCUGAUGUCUGAGCCGGGUAAGCUAAAGCAGAAGAUCAACGUGUGGCUGGAGGAGUACUGGAAUAUAACAGACCUGGUAGCCAUCUCUGUGUUCCUUCUGGGCCUUAUGUUGCGAUUGCAGCACGAGCCCUACAUGGGUUGGGGCCGGGUCAUUUACUGCAUUGAUAUCAUCUUCUGGUACAUCCGCGUUCUGGACAUCUUUGGGGUCAACAAGUACCUGGGACCAUAUGUCAUGAUGAUUGGGAAAAUGAUGAUUGACAUGCUAUACUUUGUGGUGAUUAUGCUGGUGGUGCUCAUGAGCUUUGGCGUGGCACGGCAGGCCAUCCUUCACCCUGACGAGGAGCCUACCUGGCGCCUGGCCCGGAACAUCUUCUACAUGCCCUACUGGAUGAUCUAUGGAGAAGUGUUUGCGGACUCGAUAGACCUCUAUGCAAUGGAAAUCAACCCACCAUGUGGUGACAACUUGUAUGAUGAGGACGGAAAAAAACUGCCACCUUGUAUCCCCGGUGCCUGGCUAACUCCUGCCAUCAUGGCCUGCUAUUUAUUGGUGGCCAACAUCCUGCUAGUCAACCUUCUUAUCGCUGUCUUCAACAACACCUUCUUUGAGGUGAAGUCCAUCUCCAACCAGGUGUGGAAGUUCCAGCGCUACCAGCUGAUCAUGACCUUCCAUGACCGGCCAAUCCUGCCUCCCCCCCUCAUUAUUUUCAGCCACAUCUACAUCCUCCUCAAACGCAUCUGCUGCCGUUGCAAGAGAAGACAGGAGGGAGAGCAAGAUGAAAGAGACAGAGGCCUCCAGCUUGUGCUGAACUCAGAGGAGCUUAAGAGCCUGUAUGAGUUUGAGGAGCAGUGUGUGGAAGAGUACUUCCGCGAGAAGGAGGAUGAGGAACAGUCAUCUAACAACGAACGCAUUCGAGUCACAUCUGAGAGGGUGGAGAACAUGUCCAUGCGCCUGGAAGAGGUGAACGAGAGAGAGCACUCCAUGAAGGCCUCCCUGCAGACGGUGGACCUUCGACUGGCCCAGCUGGAGGAGUUCUCUGGCCGCAUGAUGAAUGCCCUGGAGAAGCUGGCCGGGGUGGACCGCGCUGACCUAGUCCGGACACGAUCCGGGGGUUCAACUGUCGGUGAACCAAACGCCCUACUUCGACACAGCAGCAUCAACAGCGCAGACGGUUACAGCAUCUAUCGCUACCACCUGGACAACAGCGACGAUCGGCAUUCUGAAUAUGGAGACAAGGAGUCCGGAGAAAAACGAAGCCAGAGUCCAGAGGGGAAGGGGAGUUUUCACGAUUUGAGUCCUGCUUCGACUGGUAAUACUACAGUCAGAGAGUAUGGGGCAAUGCUGGAUGUGAUAGUCCCUCAGGACAGGAGACGAUCCAUCUCCAGUGUGGACAUCCUGAUCUCACCAUGUGAUGCAGAGAAACAGGAGACCCCAGCACCUGCUCUUGUAGAACCUCCACCAAAGCCCAGCAGGGAGUUGAUGGAUGCUGCCCUGGAGAAAGCCGGGGUGGCCAUGGAGAAGAUCAAAUUGGAAGCUGCCAUUUCGUAUCCCCUGGAAAGGGCAAAGACUCUGCAAUACUGUCCCUCGGAGACCCUCAGCAAUUCUCCGUCCUCCAGCCGAAGAUCCAUGAGUAGCAUGAUGUUUACACCUGCAGAAGGUUCCGAGGGAGCAAGGACUAAGUGGGCCAUGGACUACAACAGCUCCACUACAGAUCAGGCGAUUAAGUCCCCUAUCAUGGGUGACUGGGCAUCCAAGUUUGAGUACAAAGUUCACCCAUGUCCAUUUGGCCACUCUCCCAUGGUAUCGAUAGUGAGUUCCAAUGAAAUACCACCCCCCUCUAGACAAACUACAGGGAGAAUACCAGUAAAUGAAAGAGUGUUAGCAAAUACACAAGAGCCAGAGACUGUCGAGAGCAAGCAAGAUGGAGGGGAGGAAGGCCAAGAGGCCAAGGAGAACAAGGAGGGGAAGGAGGCCAAGGAUACUGAUCAUCUGCUAGUGGCAGAAGACAGGUUGUAUCCAUCUCUCAGGUCAAAGAGCUUGAACACCAACCCCAGAAAAGCUAAGGUUAGAGGGAACAGUCUGGAGAAGCCCAGGGCAGCAAGCAGUGUCAGGGACCUGGCAUUAGCUUUUGCAAGAUCCGGGAAAAAAGAUUGGGAAGACUCUAAGGACACCAAUCAAGAUAAAGACUGUUGAUACUGUCUAGUGGACAUGUUGUCGUGUAAUGUUGAGUGAUAUAUUAUUAUGUUAAUUAUAAAGGGAAAGUUAAUCUUACAUAUCAUAAUGCACAAACUCAAACCUAUAGUAGCUAGAGGUCAGAUAUUUUUGGAUAAGUAUGGGGAUGGUGAACACAUGAAAUUAAAUCAACAAAUCAGAAUACUUAAAAUUCUUAAUUUACAUUUGUUAAUGACUUUUGAUCAAUCCACCGAAA